AUGCCUGGACUUCUCGCAACUCCGCUACCAUGGAAUCAGACCGUAGGCGACACAGUCCCUCCAAACACGCCACACGCAGUCAGUGUCUCCUUGCCAACAUGGAAGUCAAAUGUGGCCUACGAGGAGGGAGAGCGUUGGGUACUUGACAAGAUGCAAUGCGGCUAUCCACGCUUCUUCAUCCACAAGUCCAUUGAUCGGCUCGCCACCUCAAUUGUCCAGCAGCAAGGCGAUCUUGAAACGGAGAAAGCAAUGUUGUUUCCUACUGCUAGCUGUGGUCGACGGUGUGUUGAGUUCUUAAUACAACAGAAUCCUGGCGUGGAUGCGACUAGCAUCAGGUCCCUGGACUUCAUUCCUCAUCCGGACAAGAUCCCAUCUGCAAGCCUGAAACGAGUGCUACCGCGAGCCACUGCUGUAGUAUAUCCCAAGGAGCUCUGGCCAACAGCGAAAGUAUUCUGGCAGCACACUGGCGAGGGAAUGUCAAGCCGACACGCCGAGUUCUGUCAGAAGGCUUUUGACGAUGGGUCGAUGGUAGAGCGUAGCACACUAUCUCAACCCAACACGCCACGCUUGUCCAAAGGUCCACGAAGGUAUCAGAGGCCGAUGUCCUUGGACCAUGGCACUCCCCAAGAUACGAACGGACAUGGCGGCAGCACUAGUCAGGAGGACAAGUCGAACGGCAAUGGCACGACUGAGAAUGGUGUACCGGACUCAGCACUGUUCGUCGAAGAACGCUUCGGCCGCAAUCUCGACAUCACAUUAGCUCAGAACGCUAAGCUUGCGGUGAGGCGGCGUAUUGCAGGCUCCUUGACAGCGAACGUAGAGCUGCCACACUCGCUAGAAACGAAGCCCGACGAAAACACGAAUCAACGCGACCGAGAAGUACCUGGCUUCUCUGUUGACGACAUCUACCUCUACCCAAUGGGUAUGAACGCCAUGUUCCACGCCCACCGUGUACUUCGUACAGCACGCGGGGAGAUGCCCAGUAUCAUGUACGGCUUCCCAUACGUCGAUACCUUGAAGGUACUGGAGAAAUUUGGACCUGGAGUGACAUUCUACGGAUACGGCUCUGCAGAAGAAUUGGACGACCUUGAACGUCGACUACAGUCAGGCGAGAAGCUACUGUCUUUAUUCUGCGAGUUCCCAAGUAACCCCUUGCUACGCACACCCGAUCUCAAGCGCAUCCGUGCGCUCGCUGACAGGUACGACUUUGCUGUAGUCGUCGACGAGACCAUUGGCAAUUUCCUCAACAUCAACGUCUUACCAUACGCCGAUGUGGUCUUUAGCAGCCUGACCAAGAUCUUCAGUGGUGACGGCAACGUCAUGGGCGGUUCAAUGAUCCUCAAUCCGCAAUUACCUUACUACUCAAAGCUCAAGCAAGUCCAGGAGACCGAAUACGAGGACAAGAUGUUCGAGGAAGACGCACUCUACCUCGAGCGUAAUAGCCGUGACUUCAUCCUACGCACUGAUCGCAUCAACGUCAAUGCCGAGAUUGUGGCCAAUAUGCUGAGAGCACAUCCGGCGGUAAAGCAAGUCCAUUAUCCAAAGUACAGCCCAACGAAACAUUUCUACGACAACUGUAAGCUGCCGAAUGGCGGCUACGGAGGACUUUUGAGCUGCACUUUCCACCGUAUGGAAGAUGCGCAAGUCUUCUACGAUUACCUUGAAACGCAAAAGGGACCGAGUCUCGGCACCAAUUUUACGCUGAGCUCGCCUUUCGUGAUCUUGGCUCAUUACAAUGAACUGGACUGGGCGGCACAAUUCGGGUGUGAGGCUACACUCGUACGGUUCAGCAUAGGGCUGGAGGACGAAGUGACGAUAAGAAAGGUGUUUGAUUACGCUCUGGGUGCUAUCCCUCAAGCGGACGCUGCACUCUCGAAGUGA